AAAUCUUUGCUUCACCCCACCACAAAAAUCUUGCUCCCAAAUCACGCCCGCGGUCUUACCCUCCUCCUAGGCAGAACAGAGGCAGUGAUUCCACGGGCCAUCACCUACUGCCUACCAUGGCCGCCACCUGCCGCCUCGCCGCGCCACUGGGUCUCGCCCCGCUGCCUCGCAGGUGCGCCGGCGUCAAGAGCGUAGCUCUCUCGAUAGGCACCACCAAGAUAGCUACACGGACACGGAGCGUCGCGGUGAGGGCGGGCGACGGCCCGGCGGAGACGCCGGAAAUCCUCAAGGCUGCGCAGGACGCGUGGGCAAAAGUUGAGGACAAGUACGCCGUGGCCACCAUCGGCGUCGCCGGGCUCGUCGCGCUCUGGACAGCAGUGGGGGCGCUCAAGUCCAUUGACAAGCUUCCUAUCUUGCCUGGUGUGUUGGAGCUCGUUGGAAUCGGGUACACAGGAUGGUUCACAUAUCGCAACCUCAUCUUUCAGCCAGACAGGGAAGCUCUGAUCAGCAACAUCAAGAGCACAUACAACGAAAUCACUGGGAGCAGCAGCUAAUUAUGCAACAUUUGCAAGAUGACGGCAGUAAACAGAGGGUAACUACAUCAGUGGGCAACCAUUCGAAAAUCAACAAGUAGUGACAUCUCACAUGGAUGUUACUGUAUUUUUCUAUUCCUUUUGGCUUAAGUGAAAGAAAAACUUUGCUGGUGAGCAUGUAACUUAGUUCGAAUUUCUAAUCUACAACUAUGAUAUAUUCCAGUUCAUUUCCAGACAA